CCCAUGGGUGUGCAGGAGCUGGGUAUCAGUGUGUCCAUGGUGGGCGUGGCAGGGACCAUCCUGAUCUGCGCUCUGCCCAUGUGGAAGGUGACGGCGUUCAUCGGGACCCACCUGGUGGUCAUGCAGGUGUUCUGGGAGGGUCUGUGGAUGACCUGCGUCAGCGAGUACACGGGGCAGAUGCAGUGUAAACUCUACGACGCCAUCCUGGACCUGUCCCCGGACCUGCAGGCGGCGCGGGGCCUCGUCUGCAUCAGCCUGUUCCUGGGGUGCCUGGGGUUCCUGAUCUUCCUCCUGGGGGCCCGCUGCACCAACUGCCUGAGCCACCCCCAGAUAAAGAACCGGGUCGUGAUCAGCUCCGGGGCCAUUUUCUGCCUGUCGGCCCUCACCUCGGUGGUCGCUGUGGCGUGGACGGCCAACUCCAUCAUCAAUGACUUCUACAACCCCCGCGUCCCUGAGGUUCUGAAGAGGGAACUGGGCGCCGCCAUUUACGUGGGCUUUGUGACGUCCGGGCUGCUGUUCAUCGGAGGAGCCUUUCUGUGUAUGAGUUGUCCUCCACAGAAGCCCAGGUUCUCCUCGAGUGGGUACACACGAGGCAGGACGCCCACGCAAAGCAGCUACGCCAUCAAGAACUAUGUAUGA